CGGAACGUCGGGUGCUCUCCGCUUCGUUAUUCGACGUUCUGCCUCGCCUCGAGCGGUUCUCUGUCCUCAUCGAGAAUCGGAAACCAUCAUUUCGUGAAGAUCUGCCUUUGACGGAACUAGCAUGGCGGAAGACGACGAAAACCAUGACCGACACUUCGUCUGUGACAUCUGCGACGACCAAGGCACCAUUACAGAGCUCAAAGGGUGGCGACAAACUAAACAGGAAAUGGCCAUUGCACCUGACACUGAUACAUGUAUGUUGUGUGUUCUGUCUUUCUGCAUCUGCAGGUACGACUGCUUUCUGUGUGGCAUUCGGUCUUGCUGGACGUGCUUGCAGCAGUGGAUGAGGGGAGGACAGAUUCGGUGCCCCGGUCUGUGCCCGCAGGUCAUCCCCAGAGACCACAUCGCUGAGCACAUGGGGUCGACCACCCCUGCCUCAGACUCCUCUGACGUGUCCACGGACGCGGGCGAGGAGAGCGUGCCGAGCGGCUGGUCUUUUCUGGAUCGCUAUGACAAGGCCCUCCUGAAGAUGGCCCUCAAAGGUUGGUUGGUUAGCCAUGGGAGAGGAGAGAGGUCCCGACAAGUGAUGUGUUGCGUCGUACUAUGUAUCUAUGGUUCGGCUGUGGGUGGCUGUGGCUGUGUGUCUUUUGGUGGUGUGCAGGUAUGCGUGACGUCCGGUUCUGCCCUCGGUGUGAUGUGGCAUCGUUCCGGUCAACCCCCCUUCAUGUCGACCGCGGCCUCACCGGUCCCUGGACGCUCGUCGUGGAAGGCAAACACAUGCCCGUACUCUCCACCAAAACCAAGGUGGGUGGGCUGGUGGCCGGCUGACACGCCCAUGCCAAGCGACAACUACACAUCACAGGUUUUGCUUUUCGUCACACGCCCAUUAGGCCCCCGUCCCCCUCCCUCCCUCCGCCCCCCUCCCCCCAAUAAAGUACCGCCCUCACGAGCUGUUCGCGGCGCUGCGGUGGCACCACGACAGCACGUCCAUCCACCCCAUCCCCUCACCCGAAGCAUGCACCAGGAUCGUGAUGGCGUGGCGAGAGCACCAGCCGCCGGACAAGGAGGUGCUGGCGGUUCUGGACGAGAUGCAGAAUGGCGGGUGCGCUGAGGGGCGGGAGGCUCGUGAGGCGGUGAUAGCCAGCCUCGAGGGUGGGGGAGGGGAGGAGGACAAUGCUGAGGGCCCGAAGGACAGUGACGGCGGGAGGAUACCGUGCCCAUAUGUCGUCUGCCCUGCUUGGUGAGCGAGCGGGUGUUUGUCCUGACAGCCACCAAGCGAGCAUUCACACCUGGGUUGAUGUGUGUGUGUGUGUGUGUGUGUCGACCAGUGAUCAUGAGUUUUGCUUCAUGUGCACGUCGUCGUGGCAUCCUGGGGUGACGUGUGAGGUCCACGAGCGGGAGAAGCGUACCGAUCUCGCCUCAGCCUAUGACACGGGGGAGACCAGACGGUGCCCGACGUGUGCCGCCAAAGUCGAGAAGAACGGUCGGUGCACAUCUAUGGCUGGAUGGAUGGAUGGAGGGAGGGAGGGAGGGAGGGAGAGGUGUCUGCAGCCACACCACCCAAGCAGCCACAUGGAUGGUCAUUUCUCUGUCUGUCCAUGUGUGUGUUGGUGCAGGUGGGUGUGACCAUAUGCUGUGCACCGAGUGUUGGACGGACUGGUGCUGGGCGUGCGGACGGCUGGACAGCGAGUGUGCAUGCUGACAUGACACGACAUGCUGACAUGACACGUUUUGGUUGGCCGCAACUGAUGGCGGUGCGGUUUUUGGGGUGGGGGCUGCGGUGGAUUUUGACAGUCACCGAAUCGAUCAAGAUUGGCAGCGAGCGAAGGGUAGCCCUUGCUUAGGCGAAACCCGUUUUGUGGUGCUGUGCUGUGCUGUUCUGUGCCCUCUUCUCUUGUUUGUAAGAAAGACUGACUGCACGUGUCGUGUCGUGUGCUGCUGAGAGUGCUGAGAGCUCGUGUGGCUCCUUGUCCUUGUGGCCCUUGCAAGCUCAUCGUCAUUCUGCCCACCAGCCAGAGCGAAAAAAGAGCCACGGGGCUUCUCUGACCGACCGAAAAAGCGACGCACUCUCUGCAGACAGACAGACAGACAGACAGACGUGUGUGUAUUUGUAUAUGUGUUAUGGGACAUGCCAAUGAACAGUGUAAUGUGUGUGUAGAGACCUGCUGGAUCAACAGGCUAAAUAGGCUGUGUGU